ACAGCCGAGGAAACCUUGGAAAAGCGCCGCUGCGGCUUUAAGACCGGGCUGCGGAUGUGCACGGGGGAGGUCCGUUUCCUCGCCUAGCCUGAAUUUCGUAUUCCAUCCACUUCACAGCAAGGAAAUCCCCGAGUAGCACAAUCUGCGGAGGUCCUUCACAGAGACAGAUAGGAGCAUCUAAACAGAUAUCGACACACCACUCACGCGGGAGCAAUCACACGUUGCAGCUUGAAAAUUUUUAAUGUCAGACAAAAGAAACCAUAGAUGACAUGUGCGCGCGGCUGCAAAGGCGUGUUUUUUUUUUCCAGUUCCAGCUCAGUGUCUGAGAACUGAUUGGAAUUCAUCAUCAUUGUUCAAAGCUAGGUCAGUGCACGGCAACAUCACCACGAUGCCUUAAAUCGAUGCUCUGCGCGAUAGGGAUACGUUUGCAGAGGCUAGUCUGGGCGCGAGCUCACAGCUGGAUACUGGCUGUUUGGGAUUUGACAAUACACUGAAGUCUGGACGUGAAAACAGCCCUGUAAGACUGUGGUAAGACUGUAUCUAGAAGGUGUGUCGUGCUGUUUUGGCAGGGACUACAUUUAAAGCAUAUAUAUAUUAAGAAUCAAUCAUGGGGCAUCCUCCGCUGGAGUUCAGUGACUGCUACCUAGACAGCCCGGAUUUCAGGGAGAGACUCAAGUGUUAUGAGGAGGAACUGGGUCGGACUAGCCGGUUCCUGAAGGAAGUGAUCAAGGAUGGCAAUAACGUUAUCAGUACCAUCAAAAACUACUCUGUGGCUGUUCAGAAGUUCUCUCAAACCCUGCAGUGUUUCCAGUUCGACUUCAUCGGGGACUCGUUGACUGAUGAUGAGAUCAAUAUCGCGGAGUCAUUCCGGGAGUUUGCUGGGCUGCUGCAGGAGGUGGAAGAUGAAAGGAUGAUGCUGGUUCAAAACGCUUGCGACUUACUGAUCAAACCCUUGGAGAAAUUUAGAAAGGAGCAAAUAGGAGUCACGAAGGAAAUUAAGAAGAAGUUUGACAAAGAGAGCGAAAAGUUUUAUUCUCAACUGGACAAAAAUUUACAUUUAUCUUCCAAGAAGAAGGAGUCACAUUUACAAGAAGCAGAUGAGCACCUGGACAGAGAGAAGCUGAGCUUCUAUGAGUCGUCUGUGGACUACGUGUACCAGAUCCAGCAGGUGCAGGACAGGAAGAAGUUUGAUGUGGUGGAGCCCGUGUUGGCCUUUCUUCAUAGUCUAUUUACAUUAAACAACCUCACAGUGGAAAUGACUCAGGAUUUCAUGCCCUACAAACAGGAGCUCCAGCUCAGCUUACAGAAUACGAGGAACCACUUCGAAAGCACCCGAGAGGAGAUGGAGGAGCUGAUGAAACGAAUGAAGAACUCUCCUCAGGUGUGCAAAAUACCUGGCCAGCCCACCGUCGAGGGAUACCUCUACUCACAGGAGAAGUGGGCUUUGGGAGUUACAUGGGUGAAGAACUACUGUAAAUAUCAAAAAGAGUCCAAGAUAUUAACCAUGAAUCCAGUAGAGCAGAAACCAGGAGCCAAGCAGGGCACCACUGAGUUCAAACUGAAAUCCUGCAUCAGAAGAAAGUCUGAGUCUAUAGAUAAACGCUUUUGUUUUGAUAUUGAGACUAAUGAAAGGCCAGGGACAGUAACCUUGCAGGCCCUCUCGGAGUCCAAUAGGAAGCAGUGGAUGGAGGCCAUGGAUGGGAAGGAACCUAUAUACCACUCCCCAAUUGCAAAGCAAGCCGAAAUGGAGCUCAAUGAAGUGGGCUUCAAGUUUGUCCGGAGGUGCAUAAAUGCUGUAGAGACCACAGGAAUCGCCCAGGAGGGAGUUUACAGAACUGUUGGCAGCAACAUCCAAGUACAGAAGCUGUUAAACGCUUUCUUCGACUCCAAGUGCCCGUGUGAUGUGGACCUCCAGAGCAGUGACUGGGACAUAAAGACCAUCACCAGCUCGAUGAAGUUCUACCUCAGGAGUCUUUCAGAGCCAUUGAUGACCUACGAACUCAACAGAGAACUUAUCUUAGCUGCAAAGUCUGAUAACUUGGACUUCAGACUGGGUACGAUCCACUCGCUGGUCUACAAGCUCCCAGAGAAGAACCGUGAGAUGCUGAAUCUUCUAAUCAGACAUCUAGUCAAUGUUUGCAGUCACAGCGAGGAGAACCUGAUGAGCCCCUCGAAUAUGGGGGUGAUCUUCGGACCAACGCUGAUGAGGGCGCAGGAGGACACUGUGGCAGCCAUGAUGAACAUCAAGUUUCAGAACAUUGUGGUGGAGAUCCUGAUCGAAGACUUUGAGAAGAUCUUUUCCACUCCCCCAGAGGAAAGCCCAGCUCCUCCCAUUCCCCCACCCAGAGUGGCUCCACGGAAACGGCAGCCAAUCACCAUCUCGAAGCGGCCGCCACGCCCCCGGCCUGUCCUGACCCACAGCCAGCUUGAAGAUCCAGAGGAUGACCACAGCAGCCCUGCUUUGAAUGGCGGCAGGUCGGAAGACACCGAAGCAGAGCGUAGUACAAAGGCCAGCCCCGUCCCUUUGCAGCGAACAAAGUUACUGAACAGCAGCCCGCGAGUCAACAGCAGCGAACUGGGGCCGAAGCCCCCCCAGCUGCCCAGACUGACCCAGCGCCCCGAGCGGCACUCGGACUCCGACGUAGCGAAGCUGGUGGCUCGUCUUCACGACGCCACUCAGACACCGGAGAGCCGCGCAGCGAACGGGGACGUGAGUGGCAACGUGGUCCGGGCAGCUUCCUUCCAGAUAAGGAGACCCGCGCCCCGCAACGUCCCUCCCACCAGAGACGGGGACGGCGACAAUGUGACUAAAGUGAGGACUCCAACAGAGAAGCAUGUGAUCUCCAGACCCCCCAUGAGACCACCUGACCCCCCUACCAGGUCCCCCGCACCCCAGAAAACACAGAACCCAGGGGCCACAGAGGAAACCACAGCCUCUUACGUCGCUUCCAAAGCCAAGUUUUUCGAGAACGCCUCAAGAAAAACCGGAAGUGCUCCAGUAUCACCCUCUUAUCUUUCACAAGCAAAUUCAAGAGAUGAGAGUUUAAAGUAGUGAGCUCCUGGCUGGGUCCAGGUCAGUCUCUGUCCCAGGACUGGAGCCGAGUUCCGAAGGCAACACUCCUUUGAUGUCAAACAGGAAGCUGCUUCGAUGUUGGGUCGAUGGAAGCGAAUGCAGUGCUGAGACUUUGAUUCCAGCACGUUCCACGCGGCACUCCAAACAAAAAUGCUUUUACACAUCGUUUUAUUAUUAUUCAUUUUAAUAUUUUAAUGUUGUUGUUUUUUUUGACAGAAUGCAACUCUAUAAACUGCGUUGAAGGGUUAAUUGCGGCAUUUACUUUUUUAUUCCUAUCAUUAACUGUUUUCUUUUACUAAAUGUGAAUUUGGAAUGUGAAACAUUGUUUGCUACACUUCAGCUUCCAUGACAAGUUUGGUGGAAUUCUCCAUUCUAUUAAAAAAAAUAAAAACUGAAGUUUAAAAAAAAUUACUUUCUGUGUGGAGCGCAUUGCUCUCAGACAGAUACAUAUGUUCAUUAAAAAAACAUUCACAAUUCUCAAUUCACACUGCAGGACAUGGAUGACAUAAAGUUUGGUAUUCAUAUAAGGUUUGUAAUUCCACCUUUGGUUAUAUUUUCUAGCCUUAGAAAAGGUUUUAUAGUUAAUGUGACCAGGUCCUGCAACAUAGUUAGUGCCCGAUGUAUUAUACUGGGACGCUGUCAUAAUCCAUCAUUUUGUUCUCUCCAUAUUUUACAAAGACAGUGAGAUCGAUGUCAGUUAUAUAUAUUAACCUUGAGACAUCUUUAUGUUUAGAUUGUGCACAUCCCUGGCCAUGGAUGUACAGUGAAAUCGGGAUGUACGGAGGCACCUGUCCAUACAUGCGUAUUUCACACAUUUGUUACAAACAGUGCAUACUGAUGUCAUUCAUAUCUAUUAAAUACUCAAUAGUACUGAAUUCAGAAGUAUUAAAAGAAACUAAAUAACAUUGAAGACAUUGAAGCAUUUGUCCUUUAUUACGUUUCUGUUAGUAUUUCUAAAUACAUACUGAUGCAUUGCCCUUGGUGAUCAAUGUUUUCCUGUAUCUGGGGUGUGUUUCGUACUUGCUACUCAAUAAGAAUUUCGAAGGCUUGUGUUUUUAAAUAUAUAUUCCCAAUCCUGUGACCUGUGUUUCUCUCAGUCAAGCCUGAGAGUCUCGGAAACUGGAAGCUAAGGGUGUCUUUUAAAGCUACGUGUUCAGGCCACAACUUAUCAACAAGCGUGCUUUCCCUGGAAAUAUGUCUGUUGCCUUUGUGUACAGCACAGUUUAGGGUCUUGUUUUCUGUAGAUGGUGCCUGUCUUGUCAAAAGCCUGUAUAUUGAUAUUAGAAUGUGGUUGUGGUCAUAUUUUGUGUGUGUACCGUUGCACAGUGGUUUAGUGUGUUCUCUGUUUGUUUUAAAAGUAUUAAAUUUGUAUUUACAUA